GGUGCGUUGUGACUGACCCGGCAUCGUUUCUUAAGUGUGGAGAAGUAUUUGCAAAGUUUCGGAGGCUCCUGGGCUGAAGUGUCCCCCCAUGGUGUCGUUACAAUGAAUAUGAAUAGAUGCUCCUUUGGUCAAUGGGACAGUCAAAGCACACCGCUCCAGAUAAUGGGGACGUCAUCCUAACAAGACCGUUAUGAAUAGAGGGGCUCCUUUUGUUUGGCCCCUCUCGAGCAGCGCUAUAAAUACGGAGCCCUGUGAUGAGCAGCCACAGAGCAAGAGGUGCAUCACCGAGCGAAAUCAAACCAGGCGACACGGCCUCGGUCUACAGACAGAGAGAGAGAGAAGAGAGAGAGGCUCCGGUGGGAUAAAUCAGGUGAUCAAGCAGGAGUGACUUGAAAUAAAAACAAGACAAGAGAAAGAGACAACCUCCUACCCAAGCGCAGCCAUAAAAUGAAUUCGGACUCCAGCUCCAGCAGAGCUUCCUCUCCAGACAUGGACGGGAUGUACCUCCGCGAUCACCACCAUCCACAAGACGGACGCCUGAACUCCGUGUCCUCCACGCAGAACGAGCUGCUCCAGAAGAUGACGAGCGAGCACUUGUCCAAAACGCCCUCGGGCAGCAAGUACAAACUCAAGAAGCAGGUGACCGAGCAGGAGAUCCAGCAGCUGCGCCUGAAGAUCAACGGCAGGGAGCGCAAGCGCAUGCACGACUUGAACCUGGCGAUGGACGGGCUCCGGGAGGUCAUGCCGUACGCGCACGGGCCGUCCGUGAGGAAGCUGUCCAAGAUCGCCACGCUUCUGCUGGCCAGAAACUACAUCCUGAUGCUGACCAGCUCCCUGGACGAGAUGAAGCGGCUGGUGGGCGAGAUUUACGGCGGCCACCACUCGGCGUUUCACUGCGGGACGGUGAGCCACGGCGCUGCGCACUCGGCGAGCACGGCGCACCAGGUGCAUCACCCGCUCCUCGGGAGCGCGCUGACCUCGUCCACCUCCUCGACGCUGUCGACCACUUUACCCGGACUUACUUCCAUCAGGGCGCCGCACUCGUUGAUGAAGAGCACCCCUACACCACCUCUGCAGCUCGGGGGCACUUUUCAGCACUGGGCGGGCCUGCCGUGCCCCUGCACUAUUUGCCAGGUGCCGCCACCUCCCCACCUCCCCAUCACUUCGACAGGACUGACGAGGCUUUCCACAGAAAACAAGGAAGUGAUGAAGUGAACGUGUACAUUGUGAAUGGACUGGACUUUGCAUGAUCUGUAUGUCUGUUUGUUUGUUUGUUUGUUUUAGCCCUUACAAAUUCACUACUUCGUCCUUGUAACAAGGAUCUCAUCGAUUGCUUUGUAAGGUAACUACUUUACAGUUAUGGAGUAUGUGCUGCAUAACGCACUGUAAAUAACGUCAGGGCCGCGCGAGGCUCCGUGUACAUUCACUGUAAAUGAGAGUAAAUUGUUCUAUUCGCGGUGGAAUCUAUGUGUUUGAAGUUGCCCUGGAAACGCGAGCACUCCCCUUACACGAGUUUACCUUGGUAACCACAUUUGUCUGCCAAAAAGAUAAUUUUUAAUACUACAUUAAUGUGGGAUCUCCUUAUGUGCAAAUCUCUAUGCGCAAAAUAUGGGUAUCAUGGUAAACUUGCGUAAGGCUACCUGUUGAUCAUGUGAUGUGGGGGAGUCGCGUGCAUGUAUCUUUUUGCAAAGGGCAUGAAAAGACGAAACCCACAUGUUCCUUGUAACAAGGAUUGUGAAAUGGCAUUUCAGAUGAAAACUGUACGACUAUGGAUUUAGUUCGCACUAGAGUGUUAUUAUGAUUAUGUUAUUCCUCCAUUGUCUGCCUGAGUAAUAGCUGAACCUUCAGUCGUGUUAUUUCUGUGUCGUAUCUUUAUUUGAAAUUCUUCAGCAUGGCAUCAACCUGUGAGCAUGAUCUUUUUUCCUGGGAAAAUUUUGUUAUUCCAGAGAGAUUGCCGUGGUGUUUAUUUUUGUACAUUCUUGUUGACAAAUGAGAUAUUUAUUAUUGCCCAGUGUUCCUGGAUGACAUUUCAAUAAAACGUUGCUGUAAAAAAAAGAAAGAAAAAUCUGU